AGGAACUCCUCCAUGUAUGUCCACGUGCACAAGCUCGAUGGGCUGGCGCACGCGAUUCGGCAGCACAAAGUUCAAAUCGACAAGGAGCUGCCCGCUCUCAAGGAUUCGUCGCGGACCCUCAACUGGCGCGUGGUCGAUGAAGCGAUGCUGGUCUAUUCUGCGAACGACAUCAAGCUGAUAGCUGCUCUUCAUGCCUACUUCGACGGCGCCGGAUAUCUUCGGCUCCUCGGGAGCAUCCGCCAGCAAAGCGCGCGCUACAUCGCGCUGUGGGUCACCGCGCCGCGUAUCUGGGGAGAUGAGUACAGGUCGCAUGGACUGUUGCCGCUGGCCGUUCUCGAGGAGACCUC